AUGACGACUCCUACCAAGAUUGAUGGUCAAGCAUAUUUUGCCAAAUAUCCAGGGGACAAGUAUGUUGAGGGUUGGGCCUCCCUCUGGGACAAAGGUGAUUAUCUGCCCUGGGAUCGUGGCUUUCCCAACCCCGCGCUAGAAGACACCCUGGUCCAGCGAGCUGGUACCAUUGGCGGGCCCAUCGCCCAGGACGGUCAGAGGCGGAAGGCCCUGGUGCCGGGCUGUGGACGUGGCGUCGACGUGCUCUUACUGGCGAGCUUUGGGUAUGAUGCCUAUGGCCUGGAAUGCAGCGCCACAGCUGUUGAUGCGUGCAAGACGGAGGAGAAGGAGAACCAUAGCCGGUACCGCGUGCGAGACGAGAAAGUUGGGAAAGGGAAGAUCACUUUUAUCCAGGGGGAUUUCUUUGAUGAUACCUGGUUGAAGGAAAUUGGAGUACCUCGAAAUGGAUUUGAUGUUAUUUAUGAUUACACGUUUUUCUGUGCUCUGAACCCAGAGCUCCGCUCUAAAUGGGCUCUCCGACACACUGAGCUCCUUGCUCCCUCAACUGCAGGUCAUCUGAUCUGUCUGGAGUCUCCUCGUCAUAAGGACCCCUUGGCCCCCGGCCCUCCAUUUGCCUCUCCCUCCGAGGCCUAUAUGGAGCACCUGAGCCACCCCGGUGAGAAGAUCUCCUACAACGAUAAGGGUCUUGUUGAUGCGGACCCGUUGCGAGAGCCCAGCAAAGCGGGCCUGGAGAGAGUGGCACACUGGCAGCCAGAGCGCACGCACACUGUGGGCAUGGGUGAGAAUGGGGUGAUUCAUGACAGAGUCUCUAUUUGGCGUCGACGUGACUAG